UCAUUUUCCCCAUAAAAACACUUUAGUCUAUAAAUAAGGGUUUAUCCAUUUCAUGUAGAAGGGGAAGACGGAAGAAAAAUAGAUCAAGAGAUCAAAGCAAAGUUGGCAAUGGCUCCAGAAAACUGUACUAUAAAACUAACAGCGGCCGCAGAAAAUGAUCCAUGUUUACGAAGGCGAACAAUGAACAUCAAUGUUCAGGAUGACACCUUCAAAGAUGUUAACAAUCUGUCCUUGGUACUGAAUACCCUUGAAGAUAAUAGCUCUUCAGGUUCAGAUUCAAGAACUUUUGCACUGAUGGUUGAGCCAGAUGAGACUAUAGCUGCAGUUAAAGCGUACAUUCAGGAAGAAAAGGGUAUUCCUUUUAAGAAACAGAAACUCUUGAAUGAGUUUGGAAGAACUUUGAGGGAUGCACAAGCUCUGGGAAUCAUUAAGGAGGAUUCCACUUUAAUCCUUCGAUAUGCACCAGCUACUCAAAUAGUUGUGAGAAACGUUGAUUCAGGACGUGCUCUUGAGCUAAUGGUAGGGUCUGAUGACACCAUUGGAGAUGUUAAGGCUGCCAUUUAUGAAAAGGAGGGUAUUCGAUUUCAUAAGCAGAGGUUAAUAUUCAGACGAAAAGAGUGUGGUGAUUCAGAGCUUCUCGCCGACCUAGGCAUCCAACUUGACAGUGAACUGAUUCUUCGGUUGAUCUGAGAUGUGGUUGUUGAAAUGUAGGCUUGCGUUAUUUGGUUCUUUAACAUUACUGGGUUACUUGUUUUUUUUUUGUGUCCCUUUUCUCUUUUUAUUUAGGAGAUUGUAGGUUG